CUACGCCGCACACAUCCCACACUGAUCGUCACCCCAAAACGGCAAUCCGCUAUUAUCGAGCAACAGGGCCCAUCUGCCUACCCCCUUGGCUAGACUAGUGGAAUCGAUGAUGGCUCCUCCCGUGCCGCCCGGAUACAGAGCUAAAUAGGGCGUUUACUAUGUAUAAUCACUCUAAUCCAAGCCUUGGUACUCGGGAUCUGAAGUAAAGCUAUACUGCAUCUAGUUCCUUGUGUAUGCUAGUGCCAACUCGGCUACCGGUAGGGUAGUGCUCCGCCUAGGAACCAUACCAGCGGAAUGGUUUAUAGGUUAAAACACGAUGGAAAAGGGGGAGUCGUGCCAUGAAACUAUUCAUAAGCCACCCCGUCAGCUUGCUGGGUGCCGGGUGGUGUGGUAUCAUAGGUAGGUAACGAUCAUCUAUACCCGCUUUCGGGUUAGAAAGCGGGUUAGGAUUAAUAUAGGUACGCUUACUCGACUUAGCUGAUAUCUGAACCGAGGCGACGGGUUACACUUAAAUGGUGAGUCUGGAGCUCUAUGCUUUUGGUAGAUAGGUCUAAGAACCUCAUGUGUCUAUCUUCUUGAGUUUCGAAAUUAUUCCUUUCUAUCGUUCAGGGUCAGCCAAGAUGACCUCUGCGUGGAACAAUAUGAGCUUCUCCCAUUUCCAAUUACCAGACACGGCUACUAUCUGCUACCUUGGAAUAGCUGCAAUUUUCACAUAUGUGUUUUCAACUGCUAUAUACAACAGAUAUUUCCACCCGUUAGCAAAAUUCCCCGGGCCGUUCUUGGGCUCGCUGACUAGCUGGUAUCUUGUCCAUGUCAUAUGCUCUGUUCCGACCUACGGGCUCGAACUUCACAAGAAAUACGGCCCAAUUGUCCGGCUCGCGCCGAACCUAUUGUCGUUCAGUGAUGCCACACUCUUGCCACAUGUCUACCACCGCUCGGCAGACAAGCCGGCGUUCUACGCAUCGUGGAUGUUUGGGAAGACGGCAGCGAUGUUUCAGUCGCUCAAACACGAAGACCACUACGCGAAGAAGAAGCUGGUUGCCCCUUGUUGUUCAAUGACUGCCAUGAAAGCAAAUCACGAGAGAAAGAUAAGCGAGCGCAUAGAUGAAUUUUGCUCCAAGAUCCAGAAAAAGUCUGCGUCGGGAAUGCCGCUGGACUUCUCUGAACAUCUGAGAUGGUUCUUAACCGACGUCUGGACUCAUCUUGUAUACGGCGAGCCUAGGGGGUGUGUGACUCAAGACCGCGAUGUCGAUGGUCUUCUGGGCUCGUUGCAGGGCGUCUAUGGGAUGUCUGCCGAGGCAGCAGUGAUGCCGUUUUUGACCCCACUACUACAACACCCCCUAUUGCGGAAGUAUGUUUGGUCUCACACCAAGACCUUCAAGCAUAUGGACAACUUGUUCUCGAAUUUCGAGAAAAUGUUAGCGCGGCGAAAGCACGACGAGAAGCUCCAGAACCAAAAGCUCUUUUUCGACGACAUCGACCCCUCCAAAAACCCCCAAGAACCGCACUUCUCACCCACCGACUUCAAAGCCGAGGUCAUCACCUUCACAGCCGCGACCCUCGACGGCGUCUCCGCCUUCAUCUCCCCCUUCCUCGACAACCUGCUCACGCACCCUUCCGCGCACGCCCGCGUCGUCGCCGAGAUCCUCGCCGCCGACCGCGCGGGGCGCCUCUCCUCCCCCGUCGCCACCUACGACGAGACCACGCGCCUCCCCUUCUUCACCGCCUGCAUCAAGGAGACGCUGCGCCGCGACGCGCCCGCGCAGACGAUCCUGCCCCGCGUCGUCAGCGCGCCGGGGUACGCCCUGCUCCGCGGCACGGUGCACGUCCCGCCCGGCGCGCAGAUGGGCGCGAGCCCGUACAUCGUGCACCGCGACGCCGCCGUCUUCGGCGCCGACCCCGACGCGUGGCGCCCGCAGCGCUGGGUCCCCGGGGAGUCCGGGAUGAUGGACGCCGGCGAGCACGACGCGUACGUGCGCCGCAUGGAGAAGUACGGGAUGUGGUGGGGGUAUGGGGAUCGCGAGUGCACGGGCAAGUACUACGCGCAGAUGGAGAUGCAGAAGCUGUGCGUGGAGAUUUUCAGGCGCUUUGAGGUCAAGAGGCCGGUUGGGGGCGAAGGGUUCACGCAUAAGCGGUGGGCGGUGGGGAUGUUUUGGGGCCAGAGGCUGGUUUUUAAGGCGCGGGAGCGGUAGGUGAGAUACCUGUACCUACCUAGGUAGGGUAGGUAGGUUAGAUGGUACUACUGGAGAAGGGAAGGGGGCUUGGUCGGUUGGCUGGAUCUUGUGCAUUGUAAAUGCCCGGACAGGGAGGCUUUUUGAAUCGCGUUGUUUGGUGCUGCGGAUAGGGGUGGACUCACAAUUUGAUCGCGUUGUUGUCUUGCGCGUAGUCUAUUGAUCCACACAAACGGAAUGUGUGAGAUUAUACCGUGUUGCAGUACAUCUGCAACCAAGAAGAAGAAAGAGGAAAGGAAGAAAGCUUGCUUUAUUCCCAACUACGGAUGGCGGAGUGCCAAUAUAUGGCCAUAAGGGCCAUAUGGAGCCUAAGGGUGCCUGAGGCACCUGCAACAUACCGUGAGGUAGAUACGCCAAGUAGUGAAUGAUUGACUGUGUAUUAGCUCUCUCCAGUGUAUGUUAGGCAGUAGCUGUGUAAUUGACGUGGUCAAUCUUCUCUAUCAA